AUGGCAUCUUCAAGUGGUUCGCACUCAAGUUCGCAAAAGAAAGCAAAACAACUGGGGAAAUAUUGCGUUGCUGGUGGCCCUGGAAAGGCGAGUUGCAAAAAUCAUUCGCUAUGCACUGGAAUAUCUACGCAUCUCUUUCCAAAAUCGAACGAAAGGUUGAGAAAUUUGUGGACAAAGUUCGUGCAAAAGCAUCGCCCAGACUGGCAGCCAUCUGCAUAUUCCGCGCUUUGUUCAGCCCAUUUUGAAAGUCAUUGUUUUACUCAACGGCUUGAUAUUGGGUUGGAAAUUGUGAAUAACGCUAAAACAAAACGAUGGCUUAACAAGGAAGCGUAUCCGACCGUCGAUACUGUGGUACCUUCUCAAACAACUCGCGAAAUAUCUGACAGAGAACACCGAAAGGUAAAUUCGCAAAUAUACUCAAUGGCGGUCUAUAUAUUAUCCUCAACGUUCAAUGAUAUUGAGUUCUGUGUUGACUUUUAAUUCUGUGUUGAUGUUAAAAUCUAUGUUGAUAUCGAGAUUUAUUUUAUAUAUUGUUCUUUCACGUUGUUUUAUAUUAGACUUUGAGAGAUACUUUGAAGCCAGACGUUCCUUCGACUUCGACAGCCCCAUUAGUCAACGCAAGCGAUAUUGCAAGUGUCGACCUCCCGGACGAGACAAUCAACACACCUACCACUCCAGAAAACAAGUCGAAAGAUCUGGAUGUAUACAAGGAAAGACUGCGCAAAAGUGAAGAGAGAAAUGCUAGCUUGAGGAAAAAGCUUUUUCAAGAACGUGGUCUCAGGCGAAAGCUGCUCAAGGUAGAGUACAGUCGUGUCAUGUUUCAUGAUAAGUAAACAAUUGUUGAUACAACGAAACAACGCAGUAAUAUAAAAGCGAAGUAUUAGAAAUCUCGUUAGAAAUAUUUCAUUAGGCCUAUUUGUGCUGUUUUGCGUUUUCUAGGAGCUAGAAUCCAAUACCAAAGCGGAAGAGGUGACAAGUGAGGCAAGCCAUAGAACAACUAAGACUGCCACAGCUAGAAAAGAUGAGAAUGCAGAUCAAGUCCAAGACUAUGACACUGACGAAGAAAGCAUAUGCGAGGAACAAGAUCCAGAUUGGGACAUGCUGGAAGCUGGAAAUGAUGGAGAUGACGCAGAAAUCCCAAAUACAAUACCCCAUUCAAGAAACUUAAUAAGGUAUUACAGAAUAUUGCAUAUUGAUUAUGUAUUGGGUGGAAAAAUUCCUUACAUUGUUUCUCUUUUGCACUUGCUAGUUUUGCCAGACAAUUGA